AUGGCAGCUCUCUUCAGAAACAGGCUCCUCCUGCUUAUCGGCACCAUCUAUAUGGCGUCGUAUCUCAUGCUCAUGACCACCGCAGCACCGCAUGAGAGAGCAGACGUCCCCGGCAAAUAUGAUGUGGUCAUCUACGGCAACACAGUCGCCGCUAUUGCGGCUGCUGUGCAGACUAAGCGCAUGAAGAAGACAGUGGCCAUUGUCUUCCCCGGCAACACGUUGGGCGGCCUUACAACAUCAGGCCUUGGCUGGACAGAUUCCAAGAACGGAAACGCCAUCGGUGGCAUUGCAAGAGAGUUUUACGCCAAGGUCUAUACUCAUUAUCAGAACAGCAACGCAUGGAAGCAGGAAACUCGCUCUGGAUACCUGGGGCGAAGGAUUGGCGCUCAGCCCGGUCCUGCUAUUGACGAGAGCAAGAAGGUCCAGUGGACCUUUGAGCCCAAGGCGGCUGAGUAUAUCCUUGAGAAGUGGAUGAAGGAUGGCAAGAUCCCCCUCUUCCGCAACCGAGCCAUCGACAGAUCCGCCGGCAGCGUUGUCAAGAAGAAUGGUCAAAUCACCUCUUUCAAGACUCUCAAUGGCGAUGUCUUCCAGGGCAAGAUGUUCAUCGAUGCUAGCUACGAGGGUGACCUGAUGGAGGCAGCCAAGAUUAGCUGGCGCACCGGUCGUGAGAGCACAGGUGACUACAGUGAGUCUGUCGCUGGUUUCCGUCUCGGUGCCCUCGAGCAGCUUUCCAAGGUCGACCCUUAUAAGAAGAAGGGUGACCCAAGCAGCGGGCUUAUUGAGGGUGUUGGCCGCAUCAUCAAGGAUGCCGCUUCUCUUCAGGGCAAGGGCGAUGAGUUCCGUCUCCAGUCCUACAACUUCCGCAUGAGUCUUACCAAGCAAACCGCCAAUCAAAUCCCUUUCACCAAGCCCGCCGAUUACCGGGAGUCUCAGUAUGAAUUGCUCCUGCGAUACUUUGAGUCGGGCUACACCGGCACUCCCUUCACCAGCCAACUUAUGCCCAACGUCAAGACCGACUCCAACGCCCAGAGCCACGUUAGCACUGAUCUUAUCGGCGAGAGCUUUGAGGAUGACGGCAACUACGCUACUUGGUCUUAUGAUAGACGUCGCCAGGUUUACCUUCAGCACAAGUCUUACACUCAAGGUUUCUUCUGGACUUUGGCCAACCAUCCUCGUGUUCCCAAGGAUCUUCGCACCCGCGUCGCUGAAUGGGGAUACGCCAAGGAUGAAUGGUCAAGCAACAACAACUGGCCCUACGAGAUCUACAUCCGUGAGGGUCGUCGCAUGAACGGUAUCUACACCAUGCGCCAAAGCGACAUCCAGUCUCCUCCCGCUCGUCCCAACAACAGUGUUGGUAAGGGCGCCUACUCUCUCGACGUCCAUCAGGUUGAGCGUGUCGUCGUCGAUGGCAAGCUUCGGGACGAAGGCAAGGUGCAUAUCGCUACCCCAGGUCCCUUCAACAUUCCCUACCAGACCAUCUGCCCCAAGUCUGAGGAUGCAACAAACUUCCUCAACCCUGUUACCAUGAGUGCUACACAUAUUGCAUACUCUGCUAUUCGCAUGGAGCCUACGUAUAUGGUCCUUGGCCAGAGCGCUGCUACGGCGGCGUGUCUUGCUAUUGAUCAGGGUGUUAGCGUUCAGGAUGUUGACCUGCCUACGCUGAUCGCUAGACUCAAGGCAGAUAAGCAGGUGCUAUAG